AUGCAGUUGAAGGUGAGGCGACAAGAGUUGAAGGUGAGGUGGCAAGAGUUAAAGGUGAGGCGACAAGAGUUGAAAGUGAGGCUACAAGAGUUGAAAGUGAGGCUACAAGAGUUGAAGGUGAGGCGACAAGAGUUGAAGGUGAGGCGACAAGAGUUGAAAGUGAGGCUACAAGAGUUAAAGGUGAGGCUACAAGAGUUAAAGGUGAGGCUACAAGAGUUGAAAGUGAGGCGACAAGAGUUGAAAGUGAGGCGACAAGAGUUGAAGGUGAGGCGACAAGAGUUGAAGGUGAGGCUACAAGAGUUGAAGGUGAGGCUACAAGAGUUGAAGGUGAGGCGACAAGAGUUAAAGGUGAGGCUACAAGAGUUAAAGGUGAGGCUACAAGAGUUAAAGGUGAGGCGACAAGAGUUAAAGGUGAGGCGACAAGAGUUAAAGGUGAGGCGACAAGAGUUGAAGGUGAGGCUACAAGAGUUAAAAGUGAGGCUACAAGAGUUAAAGGUGAGGCUACAAGAGUUGAAGGUGAGGCUACAAGAGUUGAAGGUGAGGCGGCAAGAGUUAAAGGUGAGGCGACAAGAGUUGAAGGUGAGGCGGCAAGAGUUGAAGGUGAGGCGGCAAGAGUUAAAGGUGAGGCGACAAGAGUUGAAGAUGAGGCGACAAGAGUUGAAGGUGAGGCUACAAGAGUUAAAGGUGAGGCUACAAGAGUUGAAAGUGAGGCUACAAGAGUUGAAGGUGAGGCUACAAGAGUUGAAGGUGAGGCUACAAGAGUUGAAGGUGAGGCGACAAGAGUUGAAGGUGAGGCGACAAGAGUUAAAGGUGAGGAUACAAGAGUUAAAGGUGAGGCGACAAGAGUUAAAGGUGAGGCGACAAGAGUUAAAGGUGAGGCGACAAGAGUUGAAGGUGAGGCUACAAGAGUUGAAGGUGAGGCUACAAGAGUUAAAAGUGAGGCUACAAGAGUUAAAGGUGAGGCGGCAAGAGUUGAAGGUGAGGCGGCAAGAGUUGAAGGUGAGGUGGCAAGAGUUAAAGGUGAGGCGACAAGAGUUAAAGGUGAGGCUACAAGAGUUAAAGGUGAGGCUACAAGAGUUGAAGGUGAGGCGACAAGAGUUAAAAGUGAGGCGACAAGAGUUGAAGGUGAGGCUACAAGAGUUAAAGGUGAGGCGACAAGAGUUGAAGGUGAGGCGACAAGAGUUAAAGGUGAGGCUACAAGAGUUAAAGGUGAGGCUACAAGAGUUGAAGGUGAGGCGGCAAGAGUUAAAGGUGAGGCGACAAGAGUUGAAGGUGAGGCUACAAGAGUUGAAGGUGAGGCGGCAAGAGUUGAAGGUGAGGCUACAAGAGUUAAAGGUGAGGCUACAAGAGUUAAAGGUGAGGCGGCAAGAGUUGAAGGUGAGGCGACAAGAGUUGAAGGUGAGGCUACAAGAGUUAAAGGUGAGGCUACAAGAGUUAAAAGUGAGGCUACAAGACUUAAAGGUGAGGCUACAAGAGUUGAAGGUGAGGCUACAAGACUUAUAG